CGAGCCCCUCCUCUCGAGGGCCGGCCGGUUUGGCGGCGGCGGCGGAGGGUAUCUGAGGCUCGGCUGCCAAGCUCAACGGGCUCUGGCUCCUCCCAGUGGCCGGCUGGGGCGGAAGCAAGAGGCGGGGGCAGCGUGCGCGCUGCUGGUCUCCUCUCCCGCGGCGCUGGGGCCCGCGCUCCGCGGCUGCUGCUCCUUUCGGCGCUUCUCUGGCGGCUGGCUCCUCUCCGUAGCCGGCUGCUCCUUGACCAGGCGUCCCUCUCAGCCUCGGCCCGCGGCGCCGACCCUUCCGGGACCCUCCCGCCCCGUCUCGUACUGCCGCCGCCGCCGCCGCGGCCCCGGCCCUGGCCCCGAUGGCUCUGUGCAACGGAGACUCCAAGCUUGAGAAUGCUGGAGGAGACCUUAAGGAUGGCCGCCAUCACCGUGAAGGAGCUGUUGUCAUUCUGGAUGCUGGUGCUCAGUACGGGAAAGUCAUUGACCGAAGAGUGAGGGAACUAUUCGUGCAGUCUGAAAUUUUCCCCUUGGAAACACCAGCAUUUGCCAUAAAAGAACAAGGAUUCCGUGCUAUUAUCAUCUCUGGAGGACCUAAUUCUGUAUAUGCUGAAGAUGCUCCCUGGUUUGAUCCAGCAAUAUUCACUAUUGGCAAACCUGUUCUUGGAAUUUGCUAUGGCAUGCAGAUGAUGAAUAAAGUAUUUGGAGGUACUGUCCACAAAAAAAGUGUUAGAGAAGAUGGAGUCUUCAACAUUAGUGUGGAUAAUACAUGUUCAUUAUUCAGGGGCCUUCAGAAGGAAGAAAUUGUUUUGCUCACACAUGGAGAUAGUGUAGACAAAGUAGCUGAUGGAUUCAAGGUUGUGGCACGUUCUGGAAACAUAGUAGCAGGCAUAGCAAAUGAAUCUAAAAAAUUAUAUGGAGCACAGUUCCACCCUGAAGUUGGCCUUACAGAAAAUGGAAAAGUAAUACUGAAGAAUUUCCUUUACGAUAUAGCUGGGUGCAGUGGAACCUACACUGUGCAGAACAGAGAACUUGAGUGCAUUCGAGAGAUCAAAGAGAGAGUAGGCACGUCAAAAGUUUUGGUUUUACUCAGUGGUGGAGUAGACUCAACAGUUUGUACAGCUUUGCUAAAUCGUGCUUUGAACCAAGAUCAAGUCAUUGCUGUACACAUUGAUAAUGGCUUUAUGAGAAAACGAGAAAGCCAGUCUGUUGAAGAGGCCCUCAAAAAGCUUGGAAUUCAGGUCAAAGUGAUAAAUGCUGCUCAUUCUUUCUACAAUGGAACAACAACCCUACCAAUAUCAGAUGAAGAUAGAACCCCAAGGAAAAGAAUUAGCAAAACGUUAAAUAUGACCACAAGUCCUGAAGAGAAAAGAAAAAUCAUUGGGGAUACUUUUGUUAAGAUUGCCAAUGAAGUAAUAGGAGAAAUGAACUUGAAACCAGAGGCGGUUUUUCUUGCCCAAGGUACUUUACGGCCUGAUCUAAUUGAAAGUGCAUCCCUUGUUGCAAGUGGCAAAGCUGAACUCAUCAAAACCCAUCACAAUGACACAGAGCUCAUCAGAAAGUUGAGAGAAGAGGGAAGAGUAAUAGAACCUCUGAAAGAUUUUCAUAAAGAUGAAGUGAGAAUUUUGGGCAGAGAACUUGGACUUCCAGAAGAGUUAGUUUCCAGGCAUCCAUUUCCAGGUCCUGGCCUGGCAAUCAGAGUAAUAUGUGCUGAAGAACCUUACAUUUGUAAAGACUUUCCUGAAACCAACAAUAUUUUGAAAAUAGUAGCUGAUUUUUCUGCAAGUGUUAAAAAGCCACAUACCCUAUUACAGAGAGUCAAAGCCUGCACAACAGAAGAGGAUCAGGAGAAGCUGAUGCAAAUUACAAGUCUGCAUUCACUGAAUGCCUUCUUGCUGCCAAUUAAAACUGUAGGUGUGCAGGGUGACUGUCGUUCCUACAGUUACGUGUGUGGAAUCUCCAGUAAAGAUGAACCUGACUGGGAAUCUCUUAUUUUUCUGGCUAGGCUUAUACCUCGCAUGUGUCACAAUGUUAACAGAGUUGUUUAUAUAUUUGGCCCACCAGUUAAAGAACCUCCUACAGAUGUUACUCCCACUUUCUUGACAACAGGUGUGCUCAGUACUUUACGCCAAGCUGAUUUUGAGGCCCAUAACAUUCUCAGGGAGUCUGGGUAUGCUGGGAAAAUCAGCCAGAUGCCGGUGAUUUUGACACCAUUACAUUUUGAUCGGGACCCACUUCAAAAGCAGCCUUCAUGCCAGAGAUCUGUAGUUAUUCGAACCUUUAUUACUAGUGACUUCAUGACUGGUAUACCUGCAACACCUGGCAAUGAGAUCCCUGUAGAGGUGGUGUUAAAGAUGGUCACUGAGAUUAAGAAGAUUCCUGGUAUUUCUCGAAUUAUGUAUGACUUAACAUCAAAGCCCCCAGGAACUACUGAGUGGGAGUAAUAAACUUCUUGUUCUAUUAAAGUACCGUGUGCAGUUUAAAUUGAUUAGAAAUCAUUCCCAUUGUUGACAUGCAGUGCUGUGAAAAGAGUUACUGGAGCCAGCUACAUUACAUCUGAGUUCUCUGCAGCAAAAAUCUACGGCUUAAGAGCUGAGUUGGGGAUAACCAAAAGGGACUGAAGAGUUUGUACGGGUAAAUAAUCAAAGCACCAUUGCCUACACUCAGACAGAUUGAUACUGCUUUUGCCUUUGCCUCACUUAGUCUUUAUGUAUAAAGUCACUGUUGCUAUUGAUGUCCAUGUGAAGAUGUAGGAAGGUGAGUAAGUUUGGGAGUAGUAAUAGGCUUCUGUCUCCUUGCCAGUUUCUAAGAACUGUUAGAAAUACCCAUUAUUUACCAUUGUUACUUACUGUGUUUAUAUUCCUUUUGGAGAAUCAAUUUUUUCUAUAAGUAAUCUUAUUUCUCCAAUGGGUGAGAGAUGAACAUAUCAGAUAAAGGUAUAGGUGGGCUAUUCCAGCCACUUUUGAAGGACACUGAGGCUGUAAAAUGUAAGCUACUGUAAGAUGGAAAGCACCAGGAAUUUGUUGAUUUACUUUUGAAUUUUAUUUCACAGCCCUGGGAGGAAGAAACUGAGUGGUCUCAGAUGUCUAUGAAUGGUCUUAAAAUGUUUGCAAACCAUGUUCUAUGUAGAUGCCAUGUUGUUCAAUGUCAGCUUGUUUAUUAGUAAGGAGCUUUAUCCUCCUAGCUGUAUAUUACCAGCCUCCUGCAGCCUUGCAUAGAAGGUUUCUGUUCUCUCCCCAGAAGAAACUGGCUCAGUGACCUUUCUGGUAUAAUGCAGAUAGAGGUCAGGAGGAGCAUUUUAAUCUCUUCCUUUGCUGGUCAGAGGAAACAGCUCUGAGAUAGCAGAAGCCAUGAUGCAUACCUACAGCUUACAAAUAGGAGAGGAAAAAUGCUUAUAUCAUCUAGUAAACAGUGGUAAAAUGAACUCUUAGAUCUAAUCUAUAGACGUAUUAUUCGUUGCUCAGACGUCUGUGAACAGUCUUGAUCCUUGCAAGAUGUUUGCUAAACCUUGUAAUCCUUUCUACUAGCUAUAAGAGAUGAUUCAAAAACUGGUGCAGGACUUGUUUCCAUUGACACCAGUUUCUAACAGAUCUUUUAUAACACUCACAUAAGUACUGUAAAAAUAGAUAGUAGUUGACUUAAACUCUCCGUUUCUCUCAGUAUUUUAGCUAGGAAUGUUACCAUGUUUUUCUCUUACCAAUUCCAUCUCAGGUUGCUGCCUCUUUUCUAGUUUAAAAGGUCAGAUCUAUUAAUAAGGUAUGAAAUUUUAUUUGGGAUUCAGUGUUAGAUAAACAACAAAAUGAUGCAUGGCAGAAGUCAUCUUUUUAUUCUGGCUGGUCCCGAGAACAAGAAAACUGCUGCUGGACCAGCAAGGGAAGAGUUUCUGUCUGUCUGAACAGAAAUCUCUCCCCAAGACAUAGGGGUAUUUGACUCCUACAAAACUUAAAGGGUACAUUUUCUAUCCUGAUGAGGAGGUACUCAUUAUGGCCUUCUGGAAAGAGGGUAUGUUAAUGAUCUGGUCUUAACAGAUUUAGAGUCAUGUUAUUUGAGAGCUAGAAUAGACAACCUGUCAAAUGCUUACGAACAUCAAUGUGUCAGUAUACAUUUAUGUUUAUAUGAAAAAAAA